AUGGCAUCCAGCUUAGAAGCUGCCCCAGUGCUUUCUACUCCGGACACUCGUAUUUUAGACAGCCGGGCUCCGCCCCGUGUUUGGAGAAACUUUUCUGAUGAGGAGCUCCGCAUUACAUAUGAUAUUAACCGGACAUUGGAGGAAAUACGGCAGGGGAAAUGGAAACGAAUAGCACUACAGUUCCCUGAUGAGAUGCUUCCAGAUGCGCCGCGGGUUUUUCAGCUUUUAAGCCGCGGCCUCGCACCGACGACUCGGACGACAUAUUCCGCUGGGGAGGAGCGGAACAGCGCAAACGAAUAUGGAACAGAUUAUACUAUAAAUGGACUGCAAGAGAAUACGGUAGAGGAUGUCGUGAAUUCAAAGUUUGAUGCGCUAGAUAUUGCGUAUUCGCCUGCUAAAGACCAACCCCAUUUGUACAUACUCGCCGACACAUCGUACGGCACUUGCUGUGUGGAUGAGGUUGCAGCUGAGCACGUAAACGCCGAUGUGGUAGUGCAUUAUGGUCGAGCGUGUCUGUCGCCGACAGCAAGAUUACCUGUGAUCUACGUUUUUACGCAUCGACAUCUUGACGCCGGUCCAGUGAUUAAAGCGUUUAAAGAGACUUAUCCGAAUCGUGAAGAGAAGAUCCUGAUUGCUGCAGAUGUCACGUUUUCGGACCACGUCGACAGGAUAACAUCUAUAUUGACGGAUAAAGAAGGAUAUACAAACGUAUUUGCCACAUCUGUGGUUCAUGACCCGUCGUCUCCGAUACCGAACAGGAUCGUUCCAGAGUCAGUAAGGGAUAACCCAGAGUCAUUGCGGGAAUGGCAGCUUUUCCAUAUCUCGGGUCCGCCAACUGCUCUUCUCCUCACUCUUUCAUCCCGAGUUGCUGCCAUUCAUAUUUACCCCACCGAUCAGGGAUUGGAUCAAUGUGGAGCUAAUUCUAAAUCCAUAAUCGCCUCCACGGCCGUCGCAAUGCGACGAAGAUAUGCCAUCCUAACAUCUCUCAGCACUGUUCCGAUUUUUGGAAUCCUUAUUAAUACAUUAAGCGUCAAGAACUAUCUUCACAUAGUUGAACAUGUGAAGGCUCACAUUGCCGCAGCCGGCAAGAAGAGCUACAUGUUCGUAGUUGGCAAGCUGAAUGCCGCAAAGAUAGCGAAUUUCAGUGAAAUAGGAGGUUGGGUUGUGAUAGGGUGCUGGGAGAGCUCACUCGUGGACAGUAAAGAUUUUUGGAAACCUAUUAUCACACCCUACGAGUUGGAACUUGCAUUGAAGGGCGAUGUAGAUCGCGUAUGGACUGGCGAAUGGCGGAGCGACUACCAGACGAUAUUGGACACUGCAGAAGCCAGCAAGAGUUAUGGGAAUGGAGCUGCUGCCGCAUCCACCGUUGAACAUUUGACGAAUGACACUGAAUGUCAUAGUGGCGACGACAUGGAUGCGUUUUCCGAGGAAGAAUCGGCUCCUCCGGAAUUCGAUCUACGCACAGGGCGCUACAUUUCAAUAUCUACCACUCGUCCGAUGCAACCCUCCGCCCCGUCUAGGACUUCUAAUACUCAGCGUUCGUCUUCAAGACCAGUUGGAUCUAACGCUCUCACAAAGCGGGAAAACAGUGAUCUGGCAACGAUAGGCGGGGUCUUGUCUCCGGGAGCGGAGUUUCUUCGUUCGCAAAGAACAUGGAAGGGAUUGGGAAGCGAUUUUGAUAUCCAGUACGAAGAAGACAGGGAGAAGGGAGCUAUUGUUGUUGAAGGGCGUAGCGGAAUUGCUAGGGGUUACACCGUAGGAGAAAAUACCGAGAAACGCUAA